AUGGCCCGCUUCUUCAUCACCGGCUCCUCCGACGGCCUCGGCUCGCUGACGGCCCAGCGCCUCAUCAAACAGGGCCACUCAGUCGUCCUGCACGCGCGCAGCGCCCAGCGCGCAGCCGACGCGCAAAAGGCCUGCCCGGGCUCCGACGCCGUGCUCGUGGCGGACCUGACCAGCAUCGACGAGACCAAGGCGCUGGCGGCCGAGGCGAACAAGCUGGGGCCCUUCGACGCCGUCGUGCACAACGCGGGCCUGUUCACGGGCUUCGAGAAGGUCACGGGCAAGUCGGGCCUGCCGAGCCUCUUCACCGUCAACGUGCUGGCGCCGUACAUCCUGACGAGCCUGGUGGGGCGCCCCAGGCGGCUCGUCUACGUCAGCUCGGGCCUGCACCAGGGCGGCACCACCAGGCUGGACUCGCUCGAGGGGUCUGUGUAUGCCGACUCCAAGCUGCACGACAUCAUGCUCGCCAAGGCGUUUGCGAGGCGGUUCGAGGGCGUCGAGAGCAACUCGGUCGACCCGGGCUGGGUGCCCACCAAAAUGGGCGGGGCCGGUGCCACGGGGGACAUCGAGGAGAGCAUCAAGACUUUCGCCAUGUUGGCGCUGGGCGAGGGCGCUGCGAAGGGCAAGACGGGGAAAUAUUUUUACAGCUCCAAGGAGGUGCCGUGUCUGGAGUCUGCGAACGAUGAGGCGGCGCAGGAUGGGCUUUUGAAGAGGCUGGCGGAGAUCAGUGGCAUUGAGGUCCCUCAAUAA